UUGUUUGUUUUUCUUUGAGAGUCCUAAUUAGUUGUGCAACAUUUUUGGAACCUGCCCAACGUAUAAUGCCAAAUCAGUAUGACGUCAGACAGCCUUCUUACCAGAGGGAUAUUCCGGGAGAGACCUGUUGCUGAGAUGCUCAGCUGACGACGUGUUCAGUACACCUUUUACAAUUCAACAUGUACCCUAAUAACAGAAGAGGAUCUGGUGGGCUUAAUCCAAACCGCAGAAACGACACCACUGGCAACAGGCUGAGCUCUGAUCUAAACAAUACGAGUCUCGCAGGAAAUAUCAACGGUGAAAUUGCGAAUCAAGAGAACGGCAGUAACGUUUCUGGAGCACAAACUACAUCGCCCCCGCAAAACGAAGGACAGGCACAGUAUAUGGGUGGAUAUUCCAUGAUCCGUCCCAAUGAAUCAAGGAGAAGUAAAUUGCAGAGCAUGGCACAAAAAGAAGAAGCAGAUCUGCAGCAAUGGAGGGAAGCACACAAGCCUGGUCCAAUUAACCUGGACCCUGCACAGCUGGGUGGAGGAAUAUUAAUGGCUGAGGCCAGGCAAAUGCAAAUGUUGAACCACCAGCAAUCGAAGUACCAAAGAAGGCUUAAAAGAGAAGAGUAUGAGAGAAAAAGAAAAGAGGAUGAAGAAGCAGAAAUCCAGAGAAUGAAAGAUGUACAACGGGAAAAGGCAAACAGGCUUGAAGAAAAGAGACUGCAGCAAGAGAGACAGAGAAGGGAACAAUUCAAAAAGGACCAGCAAGCCAAAACUCAUGCUUUUCUGCAGAAGAUUGAAUUAUCCCAGCCGAAUUCAGCUCCUAUGUCAAUGAGCAGCUCUAUGCCAACAUCAUCUUGGGCUAGAGUGCAUAACUAUAGAGAGACGCAAAGAGAGGAGCAGAACCAGGCCCUGUGGCAAUGUAAAGAAGAGCAAAGAAGAAAGAGUGAGAUUCUUGAAGAAAUAGAAAAACGGAAAAUUAAGGAAAGAGAGCGUGAACUACAAAAUGACCGCAGGAGGGUUAAUGAAGCGUUUCUGGACCGACUUCAAAAAGAUACGCAGUCAGAUAAGAAGGAGGCGCUCUUUCCUGUUGGUGUGGAAUCAGGGAGAGGCCUCUGUGCACAUGCAGCUCCAGAAGCACACAGGCCAGAGAGUGAAGCAGGCGGGGAGGAAGAGGACGAGCGCCUACUGCAACCUCCCUUCUGCAGGAGCACAACUUCUUCCUUGGAAGGAGAAGACAAUCAUGAAUGGACACUGAUGAAACUUCAGAAUGCUUUUCCUUUCUGUGAACGAUCUUUCUUAGAGGAAAUAGUGACUCAGUGCAGUGGAGAUUACAGUCAAGCCUACCAACUGCUUCAGUAAGCAGAGUUGCACUAGCUGCUUUGGGCCAGUUUCAGACUCUGCGUAAAUAUUUUAGAAAUGUAUAGAUAGAUAGAUACACACACACACUCACACACACACUGCACGCAACAAUUCCAUGUGAAAUGGGAAAGCAUGGAAGGUAGUGGCCUGGUAUGGGCAGAGAUCAAUGCACAUGAUUACCAUGUUUAUAUAUGAAUUAUUGCAAAGUCAUUGAAUCAUAACCCAGUGAGAUCCAAUUUCUCCUAAAUGUUAUACACCUUUGUCCCUUGAGAACCGGAACUGCAUCUAAAUUGCAUCUGAUUUCACUAGGUUGUCUAUGUUUCAGUAAAUCACUAAACAGCUCACACUGGUUUAGUUAUGCAGUUUAUACUGUAGAAAUACUUUUUUAGUUCAAAUGAUUUUUUUUUACAAAUACUGUAUUUAUCUUCAAUAUUUUAAGAAAUUAAACGUGGAUAGAAUUCUUUACCACAAACACUGUUUUUUUUUUUAUACGAUUGAAGCAGGCUGGUAUAAAUCGAAUUUCGGAUGCUUAAGUUGACAGUAACUGUUUGAAUACUGUUGGGGAAUGAUUAACUCCAUGGCACUGUACAAUGAACUAAUCAAUGGGGUUUCUCAAUAACAGAGUGUUUCCUUGUUAA